AGAGGACGAAAAAGAACACAGAACAAACCAGGUUAGAAAGCGUAGCAAACAGAGAGAGAGAGAGAGAGAAUUUGUAUUAGCCGUGAAACAGUUGGAAUCUGGGCCAUUUUCCAUUUGGCUGUGACCAUCAUUCACGGCCGAGCUCCGGCUAGAAAAGCCGUUGUUUUGAAGUUUACAGAGUUUGUACUCUGAUGAGACACCUGCGAAGCUCAUGGAAAGAAGCAGAGAAGCAAGAAGGCCAAGCAUGACGGCGGUGACCAAUGGAUUGCUCCGACGGAGAAAUAGAACCGCUGCUUUCCGAGAUUCACCAGAGGAUGAACAGGUUGAUUUGGAACCAGGUAAGAAGAAUAGGAGCCGAGGGGAUAUGUUGAACAGGAAUAAGAGGAGGAGAGGGGGCUCUAAUAGAGAAGAAGGGGAGGAGGCGAGCUCGGAAGUAGAGAGUGUGGAUAACGAUGAGGAAGAAGAUUGCGAGGUUGACGAUGAUGCUGGACUCGCUAAUCGAAAGCUUUCUCCGACUACCGCGACAUCGUCUUCCUCGCCUUCAAAUCUGAGUCACCGAAGGAAUUCUCUGCCUGCCAGACUCUCAAAGCAGUCACCGACGUCCCUCAAGGUCUCCGACGAGAUGAUCGGCGCUCCAGUGCCCCGUAAAGCUCGCUCAGCUUCUGCAAAACGGUCGGUACAUGAUUAUGGGUCUUCCGGCAGUGGUAGAGUUGGAGAUGAGCAGAGUUAUCGGCAAAGGUCAAAUUCCCCGGCAAGAUUGAGCGUCGAAGUAGCCUCGCCAUCUUCUUCAAAAUUUUCAGUUAGGAAGAAGAUGAAAUCAUCUGGACCCAAGACCCGGCCUCCAAAGGCGUCUAAAACCUCUGGCUUAUCGCAGGACGAUAUCGAGUUUGAGAUCGCCGAGGUUCUAUUUGGGCUAAUGAAGCAAUCUCAGAGCUCCAAACACCAAGACAGUAAUAAAAAACCUUCGUCAAAGCUCGAAACCAAAGAUUCAAAGAACAAUAACCAUGGCUUGGAUCUCAUGCCUGCGGCAUUUACAGUCGUGAAAGAGAAGAAAUCUUUGACGGGAUUUCCAGUGGCAAAGGAAAAGGAAAUGAAGGCGGUGGAUUCAUCGACCACCUUUGAGAACAGCUCAAGCGUAGAACCGGUUACAACGGAAAGUGGUCAACCUGAAAAAAUGGAUGUUUCUUCUCCCAAAUUGGAAAACGAAUCAAAAUCCAAUGCUGAUUUAUGUGAGCACUCUCGCGCUGUUGGAGUUGACUCAAAAGUUGCUGUAAGUGGGUCGAUGGAGAUGCAGGACGACCCGAAACCAUCGAAUGGCCUGGAUGAUGGGGUUGUAAAGCCAGUCUCAUCGGAUGACCAAUCGUCUGUCCCUAGGCUGGAUUUUGAUAUUCAGGAUUUGACAGCGACCAAAGAGACAUCAACUGUAGCAGCAGAAGUCGAGAGGCAGAGAGAAGAGGAAUUGAAGAUCGAUCUGAUGGCUCCUCCUCCGGUGGCAUUAUCUCCGGAAAGAGACGGGGUGGCUCCGCCGGUAUCGAAACCCGAAAGUCUAAUCAAAGAUGUGGAAAUGAAGCUUGAUAAUACUAUGAUGAAGGAUAAAGAGAAAGUGGAAAGACCUGUGAAGAAGGAAUCAGCGUUUUAUGAAGAAAAGAAGACGGAGACAAGUGUAGAGAAGCGAGAGGUGCUAAAGCUUGAUUUGGAGAAGCCGUGUCAUGAUAUGGGCUGCAACCAGCAAGCUAAAGCUACUAUUUCUAAACUAGAAAAAGCUGAAAAAACUAGAAAAAACUGGUACAUGCCCCCUUUCCAGACAGUUGUUUCUACCGGUUCCUCCACUUCAUUACAGCCUUCAAAACCACCCCUUCUGUCUCAACCUCAGCCGAAGAGAUGUGCAACACACCAUUACAUUGCUCAUAACAUUUACUUGCAUCAGCAACUUACAAAGAUAAACAAUAUCUGGCCGGCUGCAGCUGGUUCUGCUCCUCAAUGUGGGACCAAACCCAACAAUCUUAGCGUUAUGCCUCCUGCAGAGAAGAUGACAAUGGGAACCUUGUUACUGGGAAACGUUCCAGGUGUGAAUUUAAGCCAUUCAAAGGAAGAAGGGAAGGAUGCAGGAGAUUGUCCGGGUCACAAUGGAAAAGAUAAAAUUUCAGGGGCUGCAAAUAAGGAAACAUCUCAGAUAAAGCAGAUUGUGCUUCCACAAGCUCCUCAACCAGCAUUUGCUGGUAACCUAGUGCAUGGCCCUGCUUUUGUGUUCCCUCCGAGCCGGCAACAAGCAGCAAUUACAGCAACAUCUAAUCAACCUGGGUCUUCAAAAUCUGUGACAUCAACAAACAAUGCAGCGUUAUCUAGUAAUUCAGCUAUUGGACCUCUGGGGAGCUCUUCAGCGUUGCCUUCUGUAGCCACAACAAUGAGUUUUAAUUAUCAGAAUCUGGCAGCCAAGGAAGUGCCAUACAUGGCAAUAAUGCAGAACAAUGGGUACCCUUUCCCUAUUUCAACUCCUUUUGGAACAGCACCAGCCCAUGCUCAAGCAAUGCCUUUCUUUAAUGGAUCUUUCUAUCCAUCUCAGAUGUUACAUCCAUCUCAGCUUCAACAACAGCAGCCUCACUCACACCUUCCAGUCCAUCCAACCCAUCAGAAUGCUACCACAUCAAGUGGCUCAUCACCGUCCCACAGGCAACCAGAGUCCCAAAAACUACGAGGAACACAAAAUAGUGGAAAUCAUGUAUUAAACUCGUCUAAUAUGCAGUUAAAACAGUCACAAAAACAUUACAUGCCUGCAUCUCACCAAUCACUGAAGCUUGAGGCUGGAAUAAGCGCAGAGAUUUCCCCAUCUACUGCUGAUACCCGUGCUUCUCAGGCCCCAAAAGGUGUUUCUUGUCAGAACUAUGCAGUUCAGUUUCAGCCACUAAACUAUACGUUGAUGCCCACUGCAACAUUGGUUGGUCAAGGUGGUGGAAGUCGUGGUGAGCAAUCACAGCAACAUAGUUUUAAUGGGGGAGUUGAACUCAUCCCUUCUCAAGCAUUUGCAAUGUCAUUACCACCUUUUGCUGGAAAUGGUACAGCAUCAAGCCUUAGCUUCUCAUCAAUGCCACAAAAUCCAGCAAUGUUUCAAAGCCUACCACAUACGGUUCGAAAAGAGUACCAGAUGCCAGCACCUCAAGCUAUGCAGCACAAAAAUCACCGAGUACCGGAGCGUAAAACUGGAAGUGCUCCAAGCAAUCCUGAUGAUGGGACUAAAGCCGUUUCAGGAAAGUAUCACUCAACUGUUGGGCAGACCCUCCUUGCUUUUGAUAAUUCACCAAGAACUCUAAAUUUCAUGUCACCUCCUGUCGCUGGAAACUGGCCUUCUCGUCCCAUCUCCUCAACUUCUAUUACAACAAAUGCAUCUGUUGCUGAAAAUAUCCCUUCAAAUUGUCAACAACAGCAUCUGUUUCAGUUUCAGCUUCAGAACCAGCAAAUGUUGCAACAUCAGCAGCAUGUGGUGUCUGCUCGAAGUAAAGCACCCACUACUAACAGCCUGCCUCCUUCAUCUGUUGCUGCCAACUUUGCGAACAAUGGUCCUGUUUUCUCACAAGCUCUAGUCCAUUGCAAUGCUUCUGUCCAAUCUCCACAGUCGAAAACCUCAGGACGAACUGUUGUUUCUCAAGCCCCUAAUACGUCUCUUACGUCGUCUAGUGCUUCCACUUUCAAGAAUUUUUCCCAGCAGGGAAGAGCUUCACCAGGUCAUUCUCAGAUAUCUUUUGGUGGAAACUCUAAUCCAGUGCCGGCUUAAGACACUGGCCUAUAUCUUAAAAAAGAUCUCAUAUUUAUAUAUAUAUUCUUUGAAAAAUUACAUAUGUAAAUUUUCUAUUAAAAAAGUGAGAAAUUUAAUCAUCUUA